AUGGCGAAAGCGAAGUUACGCCAGAUCCUCGCGGCGGACAAGGGAAAGGUGCCGUACCUUGAGAAACAGAAGAAAUUGCAGAAGGAAGCGAGGAAACGGAAGAGAAUUCAGGAGGAUAAGGAAGGUAGUGGAAGUGAUGAUGACGACGAGAAAGAGAAGAUGGAGGUUGACGGGGAAUGGGAAAGUGAGAGCGAUGAGGAGGAUAGCGAAGAUGACGAGAGGGUGAUUGAUAUGUCGAAGUUGGAGGAUAGUGAUUCCGAGAGUGAAGAUGAAGAUGAAGAUGAGGACGAUGAGGAGGAGGAAGAGGAAGAGGAAGAGGAAGAGGAAGAAGAAAAGACAAAGAAAUCUCAAAAUGGAAUCUUAAAAGUCUCCAAGGCGACUAUAGCAGCAGCCGAUAAAGAUGAGGAUGAUGAAGAAGACGAAGAAGAUGAAGAGGAGGAUGAAGAAGAUAUCCCCCUUUCCGAAAUCUCCGAAGAAGAUCACGACCCCGAAGCCGAUAUCAUCCCCCGCCAGAAGCUCACAAUAGACAAUCACUCCGCCCUCUCAGCCUCCCACGCCUCCAUCGCCCUUCCAAUCAAGAAGUCUACACCAUUCUCCACCCACCACACGAUCACUACAUCCACACCCGUAGAGAUCAAAGACGUUCACGAUGAUCUCACCCGUGAAUUGGCAUUCUACACACAAGCCCUCGAUGCCGCGAAGCAAGGCCGUGCGCUGUUACUCGCCGAGGGAGCACCGUUCACCCGUCCCACCGAUUACUUCGCAGAAAUGGUGAAGAGCGAGGAACAUAUGGGCAAGAUUAAGGAGAAGAUUAAGGAACAAGCGGCCAUGAAGCAAGCUUCGGCAGAUGCGAAGAGGCAGAGGGACCUCAAGAAGUUCGGAAAACAGGUACAAGUUGCAAGGCUACAGGAGAGGCAGAAGGAGAAGAGGGAAAUGUUGGAUAAGAUUAACGUUUUGAAGAGGAAACGAGCUGGUGCCGACCUGGGAGACGAGAACGAGGGUGAUCCAUUCGAUAUUGCGAUCGAAAAAGCCUCGAAGGUCAAUGGGCGUGAAGGAAGAGACAGGAGAGGACCAAAUGCCAAACGACAGAAGAAGAACGAAAAGUUCGGAUACGGAGGCAAGAAGAAGUUCUCGAAGAGUGGAGAUGCUGUUAGCAGUGGAGACCUUACUGGGUUUAAUAGCAAGGGUAUGAAGAAGAAUUCGUUUGGUAGCGGGAAGAAGGUGAAGACUCCAAGACCCGGCAAGAGUAAGAGACAGGCGAAGAGAUGA